AUGGGAAAGGCAGGUAAAGCGAAGAAGGGGAAAUCAUCAGCAGCCAUCAAAGCGGAGGUAGUGAAAGGAAUUAUUGCACAUCGUCUUCAUACUCGCACCCAAGGAAAGGUUUGUGCUCAUGUUACCACUGCAGAAGGCAGUGGGGAGUCAGAUUCAGGAGUUCCGCCGACUGGAACCACCAAGACCUCUAAACAUAGACAUGCAAAGCACACAGUUUCUCAAAUCUCUGAUGACACCGAGGAUCCGGUUCCACCAUUCCUUCUCCGUUACGAAGCACAUCGGAAGGUUGUCCUGAACCGUGACCGAAGGUACCCUGAAUUCAAGAAAAGCUCUGUGUCUCCACACUCCAAAAAAUUUGUCUCUGUAGCGGCAGAAGAAAGGCAUGGAGUUGGUGUGACUGACAAGGACAAUACCAGCACUUCAAAGGCAAUACCAAAUGUUGAAAAGGAAGAGAAAACCAUCUCAGACUCUGAUGAAGAAUUCUGA